AUGCAGGAACAAGAGUUAGGGCAACAGCUGUGUCCCAAGUCACCAAGAAACAUUCUAUUUGACAAGUAUGAGAUGGGAAGGCUUCUAGGACUAGGCACCUUUGCCAAAGUCUACCAUGGAAGAAACCUCAUCACAAAUGAAAGUGUAGCCAUCAAAGUGAUAAACAAAGACCACAUCAAAAACGAAGGCCUCAUGGAGCAAAUACAGCGCGAAAUUUGUAUCAUGCACUUAGUUCGCCACCCCCACAUUGUUGAAUUAAAAGAAGUUAUGGCCACGAAAACCAAGAUCUUCUUCGUUAUGGAGCACGUAACAGGUGGUGAAUUGUUCAACAAGGUAUUCGAAGGGAAACUCAAGGAAGACGUGGCUAGAAAGUACUUUCAACAACUCGUAAGCGCUAUUGAAUUUUGUCACAGUCGCGGUGUCUCACACCGCGACCUAAAGCCAGAAAACCUUCUUCUGGAUAAAAAUGGAGAUCUGAAGGUCUCCGAUUUCAGAUUGUCAGCGUUACCAGAGCAUCAUUGGAGCGACGGUAUGCUUCACACGCAGUGUGGCACGCCGGCUUACGUGGCGCCUGAGAUUUUGAGGAAAAAAGGGUAUGAUGGAGCAAAGGCAGACAUAUGGUCUUGUGGGGUUGUUCUCUUUGUUUUUCUUGCCGGCUACUUGCCAUUUCUAGAUGAGAAUGUGAUGAGAACUUAUACGAAGGUUUUCAAAGCUGAGUAUGAAUUUCCACCUUGGAUUUCAGGGGAGGCAAGGUUGUUGAUAAAAAAGGUUUUGGUUGUUGACCCGGAAAAGAGAAUUUCGUUUCAGGAGAUAAUGAGGGAUCCUUGGUUUCAAAAGGGUUCAAAUUUUCCUAGGCCAAUUGGGGUUCCCAAUUCCAUUGAAAACGAUCAAAACAAAAAGGAUGAUAGAAUUGGAAAUUUGGGUAGGUCAAGAAGUGGUAGCAUUACUACUAGUACUACAAAAUAUUCAUCAUCAUCUCCACCAUUUUUCAAUGCUUUCGAAUUGAUAUCGUCCAUGUCAUCCGGGUUUGACUUGUCGAACAUGUUCGAGGACAAGAGGAAAUCCGGGUCGAUGUUCACGUCCAAGUGCUCUGCCUCCGCGAUCAUGGCGAAGCUGCGGGUGGUGGCGGAGAGGUUGAAUUUUAGAGUGGUGUCUGAGAAGGAAUUCAAGGUGAAAUUGCAAGGGAAAAAGGAGGGGAGGAAGGGGAAGUUGGCUGUGUCAGCGGAGUUGUUUCAGGUGGCGACGGAAGUGGAGGUGGUGAAGUUCUCAAAAUUGGCCGGUGACACUCUUGAGUACACCAAGUUUUGUGAGGAGGAUGUGAGGCCUGCACUCAAGGACAUUGUCUGGACUUGGCAAGGUGAAGAAAAUGAGUGUGAACUAAAUAAGGUUGAAAAUCUUAACUGUUAUUAACUGUAUAGGUAAAUCCCUUCAAGAUAGAGGUAAAUAUUUACUAUCUAGAAAAACCCUUUUAGAUC